GCGCUGGGAGAGAGGAGAGGGUUUGGGGAAAGACUCCGUCAGGAUUGUGAGGGGGGAGAAAAAGGGAACAGAAUCAGAACCUCUCCAACAUCACCAAUCAAGCUCCAAGACGUCCAGCAGCGCACCAGCACCACCUCCACCUCCACCACCAUCAUCGGCGCUCCACCGGGUCCCUCCCUCUCCGCUCACCGGCACCUCGCAGAGAGAGACCAGGCGACGCGUCCUCGCCGCCUCCUGAGCAGACACUGUCCGAUCAGAGGGAGAGAGAGGGAGAGCGAGAGAGAGAGAGAGCGAGAGAGAGAGAGAGAGAGAGAGAGAGAGAGUAGUUUCUCUGACAUUAUAGAGACUCCUUCCACGUACUGCGCGUUACUUUUUUUUUCCUCCCGGCGACGUCUCUCUGCUAAGUUGCGCUCCUGGAUUUUAAGUGCGUCUUGGCGAAAAAAAGUCCGUCACCGUCAAGCAGCGGCUCCAAACCCCCUCCCUCCCGUCAGCCCGGCCGGACCGAACAACCGGCGGACCGCUUGUUGUUGCCUUUUCACUUCAACCCACCCGGACAAGAUUUCCACGCGAAAUAAAGUACGGAUGCUGGAAUCUUUGAGUUGAUUGGAACAAAUAGAAAGCGGAAAAAAAAAGGCAGAUAAAGAGAGAGCGGAAGAUUGAAGAGAAAGAAGAAGAAGACAGAGGAGAGUGAAGAAAAAGGCAUAAAGUUCUUUAGAGAGAGGAGAGAAAGAAAGAGACGGGGACGAUGGGGAGGAAAAAGAUUCAGAUCACGCGGAUUAUGGAUGAACGCAACAGACAGGUGACAUUUACAAAGCGAAAGUUUGGCCUGAUGAAGAAGGCGUACGAGCUGAGUGUGCUGUGUGACUGUGAGAUUGCCCUCAUCAUCUUCAACAGCACCAACAAGCUGUUCCAGUAUGCCAGCACAGACAUGGACAAGGUCCUGCUUAAAUACACCGAGUACAACGAGCCCCAUGAGAGCAGGACCAACUCUGAUAUUGUGGAGACAUUGAGAAAGAAGGGCCUAAACGGUUGUGACAGCCCAGACCCCGACGCAGACGACUCGGCAUUGAGCAAGAAGGAGAACAAAGGCGGCGAGAGCCCGGAGCUCGAGUCUGCUCUCAUCCUCACCCCACGCACUGAGGAGAAAUACAAACAGAUAAACGAGGAGUUCGAUCACAUGAUUAAAACUCAUAAGAUACCUGCCGUGCCACCAUCAAACUACGACAUGCCCGUGUCCAUUCCCGUUAGCAACCAGAACAAUCUCAUCUACAGCCAUCCCGGUGGUUCCUUAGGCAACCACAACCUGUUGCCCCUGGCGCACCAUGGCCUACAGAGAAACAGCAUGUCUCCCGGAGUUACUCACAGACCCCCCAGUGCAGGUAAUACAGGUGGCCUCAUGGGUGCUGACCUCACCACUGGCGCAGGCACCAGUGCUGGAAAUGGAUAUGGGAACCACCGCAACUCGCCCGGUCUGCUGGUCUCUCCAGGUGGCAUGAACAAGAACAUGCAGGCUAAGUCUCCCCCGCCCAUGAACUUGGGCAUGAACAACCGCAAACCUGACCUACGCGUGCUCAUCCCCCCUGGUGCCAAGAACAACAUGCCCUCCAUCAACCAGAGAAUAAACAACUCGCAGUCUGCUCAGUCAUUGGCCACCCCAGUGGUAUCAGUAGCAACUCCCACUCUACCAGGACAAGGCAUGGGCGGCUACCCAUCUGCCAUCUCGACUUCUUAUGGUACCGAGUAUUCCCUGAAUAGCGCAGACCUGUCCUCCCUGUCUGGCUUCAACAGCGGCAGCUCCCUUCACCUCGGCUCAAUGAGCGGGUGGCAACAGCAACACCUUCAGAACAUGCAGCAUUCAGCUCUCGGCCAGCUAGGAAAUUGCUCUAGCUCUCACUUAUGUCAGGGUUCAAAUCUCUCCCUGCCCUCUGCUCAAAGCCUGCACAUCAAGUCCGAACCUGUUUCUCCUCCUAGAGAUCGCACCAGCAGCACACCGGGGGGCUACGGUGGCGGGGUACCCACUCCCCAGAACCACUCGUCUCGCCAGGACUCGGGACGCUCCCCCGUCGAUAGCCUGAGCAGUUGUAGCAGCUCCCACGAGGGCAGCGACCGCGACGAGCACAGGAACGAGUUCCACUCACCUCUGGGACUGGCCCGGCCCGCCCUGGACGAGCGCGAGAGCCCCUCCAUCAAACGGGUGCGUCUGUCAGAAGGAUGGGCGACAUGAUAGCUCUGUCCUCUCCCCGGCAGUGCCCCGAGUUGCCCUGAGCGCCGGCACCAACCCCUCCACCGCCCGACAAUGCAGCGUUACGAUGCCCCCCCCAAAAGUCAAACUCCCUCCUCCGCCUCCUCUCACUCGAUAUCACGAGUCACUCACCGCCCAGCCCCAUGGCCUCUACUCCUUUAUCCUCUUUAACGCUGAAGGAAAGAAAAGGGACAUCCCUUUUCACAAAAUAUGUUUGUAAUUUCUUUUUCCUUUUUUUUUUUAUUUUCUUUCUUUUUUUUUUUUUUUUUUGCUGAGUGUGCGUGUGCUAUACAUAUUGACAUUAUAUAAACCAGUGGGGUGUUGUGAUGGGGGUUUGGGAGGGCGGGGUGUUGGUUUGGGACGGGAUCAGGGGGUAUUUUUUUGUUGGGGAACUAUGCAUAAAUUGUAUCGUGUGUGGAUAAAAAAGAAUCACGUAUGCAUAUAUCUUUACACGUGUGUGUAUGUGUACAUAUAUGCAUAUCAACAAAUAAACAAAAAAAAA